GAUUACGAGUAACAUUUUAAGGACACGAUAUGGAUCUUUGCUAAAACUCAACUUGCGGACCCGAACGGGCGUCCCACUUAGUCCAAACACAUGGAUUCAACUUCGACCAAUCACAGAGGACGUAACACUUACGCAAAUGUGCGUUUAUCAUCAUCCUACGUCAGCAGCGCUGGAACCGCUGAGGUCGCCCAGCCGCGAUAUUAACAACGCCAAAAACUUCGCUAGUUUAUCUCUCCGUAAAUGAUCACGCUGUCACCGCGGGAUUUAGCUUCGUUUGGACCGUAGCCAUUCUUGGUGAUGGACACACAGCGGUUCAACAAACUCUGACAGUCUUUAGCUCCCUAUUGGAUUCAGCAGUCCUGUCGUAGGGGCCGCUGAGGGGGCAGACACUUAAUGCACUGAACUCAAACAAUGACCGACCCCAUCAUGGAUUUCUUUGAUGACCCUAGCAUAUUUGGGGGAGGGCUUGACGGCUUAGUUCAGGAUGAUCCAGGGUUUACCCCUGGUUCUGUGUCCUUGGAUGAUGAACUUCACCUGGGUCCUAGUUUGGAGCCUCUUCAGGUAGAUGCAGGGUCCAGAUCUUCUACCAUCCAACAUGGGAUACCCUACAACCAACCUGUGAGGCAUUUUGACACUAUGAAGGCACAGACCUCAAUGGAACAGUCCUUUCCUGGUCCAGAAGGAGUUGGCAACAAUGGAAGAGCAUUUUUACCACAGCAGCAAUCAUUUCAAGGACAUACUAUGAACCAAGUGCCCCAGACCAAUGGACUGUUUCUUCACAACAGCCCCAUGUGGGGAAACCAUGAUCAAAAAGGGAAUAACUACCAUCAGCACAAUCAACACCAUCAACAAAGUCAUCAUCGACAACUUCAACAUAAACAAUUUCAGCAGCAACAACAGUUUCAGCAGCAUCAAGCUCAGCAUCAGCAGUAUAGUCAUCAACAUCUUCAGCAAAGACAGCACAGCCUCAAUCAACACCCAAUCUCAAACCAGCUGCAGCUCCCUCACCAACAAAUUGCCCAUCAAGGCUUGCAUCAUAUUAGCAAGACCUAUCAAGGACAUACAGGUUUUUACUAUGAGAGCAACGUCCCUCAAAAUCAUUCCCAGCACGGCCACCAUAACUCGCUCAGUGUGGAGGGUAGUCCCUUUCACUCUACGGUUGAGGCAUCAAUGAUGCCUGUGUCUUCUCAACAACACAGUGGCUUUCAAAUAGCCCAAGAGGUCCAAGGUUUUACUACAGGUCCAAGGUUGGAAGACAAUGACCUGGCCUUCGCUGUCCGGUCUUCCCCUGCAACCCAUUCUUUCCCAACUGACUCAGUUAGCCGCGCUUCAUCCUAUCCUACUGCUCAUUAUACUCUGACUGGUCAGCCUGCCCCUAUAGUAAAUGCAACCCAGUCUUACUCCUCUGCCCCAGUCUCUAUGACAACCUCUUCAACGGCCAUCCCAUCAUCAGCUUCAAACCUUUUGGAUACUGGUUGUCCUUUCCGGUCUAAUUCUGGAAUGGAACAUCAGCAGCAACGAGUCCAAAUACCAGACAGCCCGGCACAACGGUGCCCCUUAAAUAGCUCCAAAUCAAACCAGGAUCCCUUCAGCUCUUGUAAGGUGUUCCCAGAUGGUCUGAACUCGUUCGCUGCAGACUGUCCAUUCUCUACGGCAGAGCGAAGGAACCAUGAUGCGGCUGGACCUUUGGUUACAAACCAGAGCAACAGUAAUGGGUUUCAGGCACUGCAGGAGGUCUUGCUUGGAGAGCAACACAGUCACAGACUUGACCUGGGUGAUGCUCCUGACCUUUUAGGCGAUGAGCUGUUGCCUCAGCUGGAGGCACUAGACCAGGAAGAGAACUCCAAUCACUCUUGGGUAAUGGCAGGACUAGAGAAUGACCAAGAAGAGGAUUUCAAGGAUGAGGAAGGCAUGGAGGAUGUGUCUAUGGUUUACAACGCACAGCCUCCUAAGAACACUAAUGGUCCCAGCAGCCAGCCGCGGGUACUCAGCCCACCAGUAAAGAGCAGCUCCUCUUCUUCCUCUUCAUCAUCCUCGUACAUAUCAGUGUCAGAGAAGCGGGCACAGAAGCGACAGCAGCAGCAACAGCAGAUGGAGUCGUCCCUUUCGGACGAUAAACAACAGAAGGCCAAUCGAAUAAUCUCAGAGGCCAUCGCCAAAGCACGAGAGAGGGGAGAGAAAAAUAUUCCACGCGUCAUGAGUCCAGAAAGCUUCCCGUCGUCUUCGUUGCAGCACCGCAGUCACAGGGCCGGUUCUUCCAAGUCCAGAGGCAAGAAUAAGAGUUCCAAGAAGGCUCGGAUUGUGAAGUCAUCCAAGUCCAAACAAAAGGCUCAAAUUGGGAAAAUCGUUAUAAAGCUUGGAAAGAAGAAGCGAAAGAAGACAGAUUCCUCUGAAGAGCUGUCUGAUGAUGACAGACCAACUCGACGAUCCUCUAAAGAUGAUGAUUCGAAGCGACGUUCAAACCGGAAGGUCAAGAGGAAGAAGUAUGAGGAUGAUGGCGAGGCUCGAUUGUCCGAUGAAGAAAUGAAGGUCAUCGUAAAAGCCAAGAAGACCAACUCCAACGCUCACAAACAGCCUUCGGUGCAACUGUUUGUGGAGAACCCGACUGAGGAAGAUGCUGCUGUGGUUGAUAAAAUCAUGGCAUCUCGUGUGGUGAAAAAAGAGGUUUCUGCUGGGGUGAUGGUCGAAACCGAAGAGUAUUAUGUCAAGUACAAAAACUACUCGUAUCUUCACUGUGAGUGGGCGACGGAGCAGCAUUUAGAGAAAGACAAGAGGAUCCAGCAGAAAAUCAAGCGCUUCAAGAUCAAACAGGCGCAGAAAGCACACUUCUUUGCUGAUAUGGAGGAGGAACCAUUCAAUCCCGACUAUGUAGAAGUGGACCGAGUUCUUGAGGUCUCGUACUGUGAGGACAAGGACACCGGAGAGCCAGUGGUGUAUUACUUGGUGAAAUGGUGCUCAUCGCCGUAUGAGGACAGCACAUGGGAGCUGAAUGAAGAUGUAGACCAGACUAAGAUUGAAGAGUUCAAAAAGCUGCAGGCAGCAAAACCACACACCAACAGAGUGGAGCGUCCACCGGCGAGUCACUGGAAGAAGCGGGAGCAAUCACGAGAGUAUUGUAAUGGAAACUGUCUCAGGGAUUACCAGCUGGAGGGGGUCAACUGGCUUCUCUUCAACUGGUAUAACAGGGGUCGUGUGAUAAGAGGUGCUUACCGGUUUCAGGCGGUCAUUACAACAUUUGAGAUGAUAUUGGGAGGCUGUCCAGAACUUAACGCAAUAGACUGGCGCUGUGUCAUCAUUGAUGAAGCCCAUCGGCUCAAAAAUAAGAACUGCAAGCUACUGGAGGGCUUCAAACUUAUGAGUCUGGAACACAAGGUUUUGUUGACGGGCACUCCACUACAAAACACAGUAGAGGAACUCUUUAGUCUGCUACACUUCCUGGAGCCGAACCGCUUCCCUUCAGAAAGCACCUUCAUGCAGGAAUUUGGAGACCUCAAGACUGAGGAGCAGGUCCAGAAACUCCAGGCCAUCCUGAAACCGAUGAUGCUGCGUCGUCUUAAGGAAGACGUGGAGAAGAAGUUGGCUCCUAAAGAGGAAACCAUCAUUGAAGUGGAGCUCACCAACAUCCAGAAGAAAUACUACCGCGCCAUCCUGGAAAAGAACUUCUCAUUCCUGGCUAAGGGAGCUGGCCAAGCCAACGUCCCAAACCUGCUCAACACCAUGAUGGAACUGCGGAAAUGCUGCAACCAUCCCUACCUCAUCAAAGGGGCUGAGGAGAAGAUCUUAGAGGACUUCAAGGUGUACAGUCCCGCAGCAGUAGAUUUCCACCUGCAGGCUAUGAUUCAGUCAGCAGGUAAACUCGUUCUCAUUGACAAGCUGCUCCCCAAGAUGAAGGCCGGUGGACACAAAGUGCUCAUCUUUUCUCAGAUGGUGCGCUGCCUGGACAUCCUGGAAGACUACCUCAUCCAGAGAAGAUACCUCUAUGAGCGGAUAGAUGGCCGUGUACGUGGGAACCUCCGUCAAGCAGCAAUAGACCGUUUCAGUAAACCAGACUCCGAUCGAUUUGUCUUCCUGCUGUGUACUCGAGCAGGUGGGCUCGGUAUUAACCUCACAGCUGCCGACACCUGUAUCAUCUUUGACUCUGACUGGAAUCCUCAGAACGACCUGCAGGCUCAGGCUCGCUGCCACAGGAUUGGUCAGAAUAAAGCAGUAAAAGUAUAUCGACUAAUCACACGUAACUCAUAUGAGCGAGAGAUGUUUGAUAGAGCCAGUCUAAAGCUGGGAUUGGAUAAAGCGGUGCUUCAGAGCAUGAGCGGACGAGACAGCAGUCUAGGAGGAGGAGGGCAGAUGCAGCAGCAGCUCUCUAAGAAGGAGAUUGAGGAUCUUCUGCGGCGUGGAGCUUAUGGUGCCAUCAUGGACGAGGAAGAUGAGGGGGCUAAAUUUUGUGAAGAGGACAUUGACCAAAUCCUGCAACGCAGAACCAAGACCAUCACUAUUGAAUCUGAGGGUCGGGGCUCCACCUUUGCCAAGGCCAGUUUUGUUGCUUCAGGGAACAGAACAGACAUCUCUCUGGAUGACCCCAACUUCUGGGACAAGUGGGCUAAGAAAGCAGAGAUUGACAUGGAUACAGUCAAUGGCAGAAACAGUCUGGUGAUCGACACCCCUCGUGUCAGGAAACAGACCCGACCGUUCAGCGCUACUAAGGAUGAGCUGGCCGAGCUCUCUGAAGGGGAGAGUAGCGGGGAUGACAAACCCAAACUCCGCCGGCCACAUGACCGCCUCAACAGCUAUGGCCGCACCGAGUGCUUCCGGGUGGAGAAAAAUCUGUUGGUGUACGGGUGGGGCCGCUGGAAGGAUAUCCUGGCUCACGGGCGCUUUAAGCGACAGCUGAGCGAGCGUGAUGUGGAGUGUAUAUGCAGAGCACUCCUGGCAUACUGCCUCGUUCAUUACCGUGGAGAUGAUAAAAUCAAAAGCUUCAUGUGGGAUCUGAUCGCUCCCACAGAGGACGGCAGGACCAAGGAACUUCAGAACCAUUUGGGUUUGUCGACUCCAGUGCCACGAGGCAGAAAAGGAAAGAAGAUGAAGACUCAGUCUAGCUCAUUUGAUAUCCAGAAGGCAGAGUGGAUACGAAAACACAACCCAGAACACAUGUUGUCUGAUGAUGGGUACAAGAAACACCUGAAACACCACUGCAACAAGGUGCUGCUGAGGGUUAGAAUGCUGUACUAUUUGAAACAAGAGGUGAUUGGAGUGCAGUGCCAAAAAGUGCUGGAUGGGGCAGAUGCCAGUGAGAUAGAGAUCUGGGUUCCUGAGCCGGAUCAUUCAGAGAUGCCUGCUCUGUGGUGGGAUAUGCUCUCAGACAAAUGUCUACUGUUAGGAGUCUUUAAGCACGGUUAUGAGAAGUACAACACUGUUCGUGCAGAUCCAGCACUGUGUUUCUUAGAAAGGGUUGGGCGGCCAGACGAGAAGGCCAUCGCUGCUGAACAGAGAGGAAAUGACUUUAUGGAUGGAGAUGUGGAUGACCCCGAGUAUAAGCCUGCUCCAGCUUUGCUGAAGGAUGAUAUGGAGGACGAUGCUUCUUCCCCAGGAGACCUGGUCAUCACUGAUACAGGCGGAGAAGGAGGGUCUGUGUUAGAUGGUGGUGGUGGGACUUUGGGUGCUGGAUCAGGGAUGUACUGGCCCUCACCCUCCACGCUGACGGCCCGACUGCGGCGUCUGAUCACUGCUUCUCAGCGCUUCACCAAGAGCAAACAGAUACUUCAGAUCCACCAGACACAGCAGGCCAUGACCCCUGCCCUCUACCCUCUGCCCCCCACGAUCAGCGACACACUCAAUCCCAAAAUUGCUGCUAAGAUUGAAAGACAACAACGGUGGACGCGGAGAGAGGAGGCGGAUUUCUAUCGCGUGGUUUCAACAUUUGGAGUAGUGUUUGAUCCAGAUUUGGGCCGCUUUGACUGGACCAAGUUCAGAGCCAUGGCUCGACUGCACAAGAAAACUGACGAGAGUCUACACAAGUACCUGUGUGCCUUUAUUGCCAUGUGCAGGAGGGUCUGCCGCCUGCCCGCUAUAGAGGGAGAUAUGAUGGACUCCUCUCUUGCUAUACAACCAAUCACAGAGGAGCGUGCCUCCCGUACCUUAUACAGAGUGGAAUUGCUGCGAAAGAUAAGAGAACAGGUGUUGCGUCAUCCGCAGCUUUACGAGCAUCUCGCACUGUGCCAGCUAGGACCGGAUCUUCCAGUGUGGUGGGAAACAGGAUCCCACGAUCGGGAUCUUCUGCUUGGGGCAGCCAAACAUGGAGUCAGCCGAACAGACUACCAUAUCCUCCGUGACCCGGAGCUCUGCUUUAUGGCGGCACAGAGAAACUACAGCCAGAACAAGGGAACUGCAGCACAAGUCCAAGCCCAGAAUCAGGCGCCUUCACUGGGACAGUGUCACAUCCCAACCCCCCUCCAGCAUAUUCAGGCUAAAGAGGCUUCUGAUUCACCGCUCCCAAACCAAACUGAACUGAAGGAAGAGCCGCUGUCAGAGGGAGAGGAAGAGAGUGGAGAGCAAAAUCCCAAGACGGAGACACCCUCUAUCAGACCACCCACACCUUCAGGAGUGGAUGAGAAAGAUGGCAUCCACAAAGUGGGAGAGAACGAGAGCCGGAUGGUGGCGGCCAGAACAAAACCACUCACGCCGAACUCAGUAACUCGAAAACAGAAGAAGCUGAGUAAGCGGAGCCGCAGAGAGGCCAGGAGGGGGUCGGGAUCUGACUCGGACUCAGGUGGCUCCUCAUCCAGCUCUUCGUCAAGUUCUUCAUCAAGAUCUUCUUCCUCAUCCUCGUCUUCAUCACGGUCUGGAUCCAGUUCCUCGUCUUCGUCUUCCUCCUGUUCUUCAGGCUCUUCGUCUUCAUCAUCAUCAUCAUCCUCGUCUUCAGAAGACAGUGACAGCGGGGAGGUACCAAAAAACGCGUCAGCAGUGCCUGGUGUUAAAGGCUUUGACGAAGACAGCGUUGCCUCUCUCAACACUACACAAGAUGACAUGCAGGACAGUCAUGUGACCAACGGUAUCUCUAACCCUCCCCACCCUUUCCAGGGAGGUUAUAUGCUUGCUGCCUCCUACUGGCCAAAGGACCGUGUCAUGAUAAACCGGUUGGACAGUAUAUGUCAGGCAGUGUUGAAGGGGAAAUGGCCAGGGGUUCGUCGUGCGUACGAAGGCAAUGCAGUGACUUCUUUCUAUACCACCAAACUCCUGGACAACACAACCACGCUCACAGAAGACCCUUCAGCCUCCCCUCAGGGUUCAAAGGUGAAGAAGCAUGUUGCAGACAGAGAAAAGGAGUUCUCAGUCAAACUCAAUGACGAGGGCAGCCUUAAACUGACCUUCCAGAAGCAAGGUUUGCCUCUGAAGCGCCCCCUGGAGGGUGAGGAGGGACCUCUUGCCCAGCAGCAGUACUUAGCCCGGCUACAAGAGUUACAGAACGCAUCUGAUACCAGCCUCGCAGACUACACCAAAACACAGAACAGCUAUCCACAAGUACUGCCAGAGCAAAUGCGACUGAAUGGAGUUAUGGACGGACAGCCUGUAAUAAAGAAGAAAAGAGGACGGCGGAAGAAUGUGGAGGGGAUGGACCUGCUGUUCAUGAACAGAAACAGGCCUCCUCUGAUUGCGGAGCAGACUCCUGCUGGCUGGAGUAGCAGUGUCGCCAGUACAUCCGCUCCCCCUGGGUUGAGCACACCUCAGGGGCCCAGCACCCUUGAAACAGAAAGCUGCGUUCCCGUCAUCAGUCUCAAAGAUGGGACGCGACUAUCCGGAGAGGACGCUCCAAAACGGAAAGAUCUUGACCAGUGGCUAAAAGAGCACCCAGGCUUUGUAGCAGACGUGGGAGCCUUUAUUCCGACCGCAAACAAGCUGCAGUUUCAAGAUGGCAGACCAAAACAGAAGAGACAUCGCUGCAGAAACCCAAACAAAAUUGACAUCAACAGCCUAACUGGAGAAGAGCGAGUACAGAUCAUCAACAGGCGAAAUGCUCGCAAGUUGCCCGUGAACUGUUCGGGUUACCUUCCUGAAAGUAUGUUUGACCGCAUCCUCACCGGCCCCAUUGUUCCUGAAGAAGUGAGCCGGCGAGGACGACGUCCCAAAAACGCUUUGGCUAAAGCAGCCACCAUGGCCAGUGCCAGUGCCAACGCCGCCCUGGGACUCAACCCACUCCUAACCAACGGCCUCCUCGCCGGGCUGGACCUGCCAAGUCUUCAAGCUCUUCAGCACAACCUCCAGAGCCUCCAGUCUCUCCAACUCACCACCGGCCUCAUGGGACUGCCUCACGACCCCACCAACAUGGCCGCCGUGUUUCCAAUGAUGCUGUCUGGAAUGACCGGGCUGCCGAACCUCCUCGGAAUGAGUGGUAUCCUUGGAAAACAGGAAGCGGCGGGUGUGGAUUUGAUGAGCAACGAGGACAGGAAAAAGAAGAGCGGUGGAGAGUCUACCACACCCAUAGGGUCGGCUGAGACUUUGAGUCUGGAUGGCAAAGCUGAAAGGACAGAGGGUCAAAGCUCCAAAGCCACCACCUCGACGGCCACCAACUCAAAUCAAACAAGUGCUUCUGCUUCAGGCCACCCACUGGCCCUCAACCCCCUUCUCCUCUCUAGUAUGUUCUACCCAGGGAUGCUUCUUACGCCAGGCCUUAACCUGCCUGUGGCCAACCAGCCGCAAGCUGCAAACACUCAGCCAACCCCACCACUGCAACCUGCUGCCUCCGAAGCCACGGCGCAGCUGCCCGGCCUCUCAGAGGACAAAGACAGCGAUGAGGGGGAGGAGCCUGACGAAAAGAAGGAUACCAGUGGUCCAGAGGGCUCGGCGAAGGCGGAGUCAUCCUCCUCUGAGUCCGACAGCUCCUCCGAGUCAUCCGAGGAUUCCGAUUCCAGCGACGAAGACUGAGUCUUUAUACAUGUAUAAAUAAAUAUUAUAUAUUUAUAUACAUCUCUUAGAAAUGUAUACAUAUAAACACACAUAGGAAUAAUCCUGCAUUUACUACAUCAUGUUUUUUGUUUCCAUGUAAAUAUAAUAACUAAAGUGUUGUGUAAUGAAGAGGAAAAAACGGAGAUCCUAGAGAAACUGAAAUGAGAUUUCAGUGUUUGUUUAGGUACAAGGUCGUUUCGAAGAGAUGUUUUGCAUGUUGAAAAACAAAACAAACAAAAAAAAACUUUGUGAAAUUGUAUUACACCAUGAUGUACAAUUGCAGCAGACAAGAAGCAAAAACUAAAAGGCAUUAUUGUUAUAGCUAUGUCGGGAUUUAAUUUUAUUAAAGAGAUGAGGACGCUGUUGCUCAUUGCAGAGCUGUAUAAUUAAUAUAUUUUGUUUUGUGAGAAAGAACACAUCAACUGUUUGGGUUUCAUUUGUAAAUACUUGAGCAGGAUCCUGAACACAUAGACUUCACAGAGCAUACCUACAGAUCCACAGCAAUAACACACAGGCAGCUUAUGAAUGUCACUGAAGCUGUAGAGACCCUGCGUUCGUUCAUUCAUUCGUUCAUCCAUCACAAGUUCUUGUUCCUUCAUUUCUCUUGUGAUUUGUGCAUCUGUUUACUGGACCGGACUCUGCCUGCUGCCCAAGGUCUGUUCUUUCUUUACUUUUUCAUCCUUUUCUUUCUUUCUUUUUUUUCAAAUUCUCUUCAUACAGCUAUUUUACCCAAAGAUUUGAGU